AUGGAAAUCUUGACUUUAAAUGAUUAUUCAGGAAAAAACAAUUCAGAGGAGAAGGAUAGCAUAGUGGAACAUGGGCGUGGUUUUAAGAGGUGGUACCCUUAUAUCGACAACGGAGGAACCGUUAUCGGGUUAACUGGCAAAGAUUACGUCAUCCUAGCUGCAGACACAAGACUGUCCUUGUCUUACUCUAUAUAUACGAGAUAUUGCCCAAAAAUAUCAAAAUUAACGGACAAGUGUAUUAUCGGGUCCUCUGGAAUGCAGUCAGACAUAAAAACCCUGCACUCGUUGUUGAAGAAAAAAAUCGAAUUGUUCAUACUUGAACAUGGACAUAGCCCAGAUAUUCAUGUGAUUGCAAGGCUACUAUGUGUGAUACUUUAUAGCAGAAGAUUUUUUCCCUACUACACAUUCAAUCUCUUGGCAGGAAUAAGUGAGGACAACAAAGGAGUACUUUAUAAUUACGAUGCUAUUGGUUCAUAUUGUGAAGCAACUCAUUCAUGUGUUGGUAGUGGAUCUGCACUUAUUUUACCUAUCUUAGAUAACAGAAUGGAACAGAAAAAUCAGCUAGUUAAAAAUAUGAAUUUUAAUUUGAGAGACGAUAUAGAUUUUGUUAAGGAUGCGAUCACUUCUGCUACAGAAAGAGAUAUAUAUACUGGAGAUUCGACGGAAAUAUACAUCAUUGACAAGUUGGGAAUAAACACUACAACGUUAGAGUUGAAGCAGGAUUAA